UGGGGCGGUAGGUUUGUGGUGACAAAAACCCAGGGCCGGGCCUAGGGCGGAGCCGCCGUGGCCCAGGGACAGCAGCCGGCCUAGGCCGGAGACAGGGCGGAGCGCGGCCCCGCGCAGCGGGACUCGGACGCGAGUGUCGCCCACAGUGCUCCCCAGCCAGGCCCGAGCAAGCGGCGCCGGCUCCCGCGCCAUGGGGCGGCUGGUGGGUCUGAGCUUGCUGGGGAUUGCGCUGGCGCUGCUGGGCGAAAGGUUCCUGGCGCUCAGGCAUCGGCUUAAAGCCUACAGAGAAGUAGAAUCCAUAGACUUUCCAAACUGCCACCUGAUUAAAGGCAUCGGAGAAAUCCUCAACUGUGGGACUGUCCUUCAGUUAGGUCUAAGAUAUCCAGGAUUGCACAGUUUUGCACCAGAUAAGCAUGGAGGAAUACUAAUAAUGGAUCUAAACGAAGAAAACCCGAGGGCAUUGGAAUUAAGAAUCAGCCGUGGGUUUAAUUUGGCUUCAUUUAAUCCACAUGGUAUCAGCACUUUCAUAGACAGCGAUGACAUGGUUUAUCUCUUUGUUGUAAACCACCCAGAAUCCAAAAGUACAGUGGAAAUUUUCAAAUUUGAAGAAGAAGAAAAUUCUCUUUUGCAUCUAAAAACAAUCAAACAUGAGCUUCUUCUAAGUAUGAAUGACAUCAUAGCUGUUGGACCUGCACAUUUCUAUGCUACCAAUGACCACUAUUUCUCUGACCUUUUCCUAAAGUAUUUGGAAAUGUACUUGAACUUACACUGGACAAAUGUUGUUUACUACAGUCCAAAUGAAGUUAAAGUGGUGGCAGAAGGAUUUGAUUCAGCAAACGGGAUCAAUAUUUCACCGGAUAAAAAGUAUGAUCCUUUAUAAAAGUAGCUUCAUUUCUUCUGUUGUGUUCAUGAAUUCUCGUGUCAUUUAGGUAUUGACAUUUUUUUCAUUUGGAAGGUACUCAAGUUGGAUACACUGCCGGAUAAUUUGUCUAUCGAUCCUUCCUCGGGGGACAUCUUGGCAGGCUGUCAUCCUAAUGGUCAGAAGAUCUUCAUUUAUGACCCGGACAAUCCUCCCUCAUCAGAGGUACUCCGCAUCCAGAAUAUUCUAUCAGAGAAGCCUACAGUGACUACAGUUUAUAUCAACAAUGGCUCUGUUCUCCAGGGAAGUACCGUGGCCUCAGCAUAUAAGAGGAAGCUGCUCAUAGGCACUGUGUUCCACAGAGCCCUGUACUGUGAAUUCUAAAUCGUAGUUUUGGUUACGCAUGUGUGCUAACUUCUUAACAAUUACUGUUCUAUGAAUUGCUAAUUCUGAGGGAAUUGAACCAGAAAAGUUGACCCAGAAAUGUAUGACUCGUAUAGUUGAUUUUAUCUCAGUAAGGAAAGGCCCCUUUAGUUGUUAGAGCACUUUUCGCACAAAAGGAAAAUAAAGAGUUUUUUUGAACGCUGAGGAAAGGAGAGAGAAGUCAGCUGCCUAUGGUAAAGGGGAUACUCUGCACAGAACAAGCCUCACCUCUUCCUCCCAAAUGCCAGAGCAUGAAUGCCACUGAAACGGAGUAGACCGUGUUCCCUUAAAAUGUGAGUGACAUCGGCUCCAACAGUGCGACCACUGUGACUGCUCAGAACUACUGAUAGUAAAAUGUUUGGAUGUUUGAUACUUACAUCUUUGUUUACUAUUAAAGAGUUGGAGUUAUAUUAAAGACUAACUAAAAUUCAGGUUUUGUCUAUGUUUAAUUCUCAAGACAUGUCCUCAGGGGGAAUGAGAAAGUGGUUGCUUCCUUGUGGGGUUUCCUUGGGACUGGCAUUGUUAAUUUUUGUCAUUGAAAGCUGAAUAUAAGUGAGCUCUUUAUUUGAAUAAAAUAAAAUAACU